AUGGAAGGAGUUGGAGCUCGGUUAGGGAGGUCUUCGACUCGGUACGGACCGGCGACGGUCUUCACCGGUCCGGUGAGGAGGUGGAAGAAGAAGUGGGUUCACGUCUCUCCCUCCGCAAAGAAAGACAAUAGCUCCUCCGCUUCCGCCGCAGCCGUCGUUAACGGCGGUUCGGCUACCGACGGCAAUAACGGAUCGCAUUUGCUGCUGUAUAAGUGGUCCCCGUUGUCUCAGGGCAGCAACGGGAACGGAAACGGAAACGGGAAUGAAGAUGGUAAAAGUGAGAGCAAUUCUCCGAGUGAAGACCAUGUGGUGGCGGCGGCGGCGGCAGAAGAUCCUCCUCGUCGCAGAUUCAAAUACGUGCCGAUCGCAGUACUUGAGGAGCAGAAUAAGGAAAUUACAGAAAUUGAGGAAGAUGACAAGGUUGAGGAAGAUGACACGGAUGAGGUAGAUGACAAGGUUGAAGUAGAUGACCAGAUUGAGGUAGAGGACAAGGUUGAGGUGGAUGAAAAGGUUGAGGAAGAUGACAUGGUUGAGGAGGUCGAGAAGGUCGAGAAGGUCGCAGAGGAAGACGACAUGGUAGAGGAGGUUGAGAAGGUCGCAGAGGAUGAAAAGGUUGAGGAGGACAAAAGUGCAGCAGAGUCGAGCGAAAAGAAAACGGAAGUGGAGGAAAAGCCUGACAUAAAUGAUGUUCCAAUGGAAGAUAAUCAGCAGGAGGAAGAAAAAGUAGUGCGACAAGAUCUGAACGAGAGCACUACGGAUUUAGGAUUGAACUUAAAUGCAAAGGAGGCAGAUCCUGAAAACAAAGUGGAUGAGCCAUUGGAUGAGUCAUAA